AUGCCACUACACCCCUUUACACAAGAUCCUUGUUCUUAAACUUUGCCACAAUACUAUGAGUGGCGAAUCAGUUAUCGAGUUCACGGGAUUUAUAAAAGCCUGUCGCCUUUUUCGUGAGAAUCGAUUAGCAGAAGCUGAAGCCGUCUGUACCAAUCUUCUACGCAAAAACCCAUUGGAUCAGGCAACAUGGGCUUUGAAAAUGCAAUGCUUGUCGGAUUCGACAUAUGUGGAUGAGUUGGAAAAUGAGGAUAUGGGAUUAGCAGAGACAUUUUUGGAUCAAAAUGUGAUUGCACCGAAUGCUAGGCCUGGAACUAGUUUUGCAAGACCUAAGACUUCUGCCAAAGGAGUUAAUCCAAUUUUGAGACCCACAACAAACGCCGGUCGUCCAUUAUCUGGCGUCGUUCGUCCUCAAAGCUCAUUCAAGUCAGGAUCUAUGGAUCAAGCAGUUCGAACAGCAAGAACAGCCAAAACUGCAAGAGCUGUGAGCAGCACAUCUGCAAGAAACAUGCGCCUCGGAACGGCAUCCAUGGCAGCUGGAGCCGACGGGGAAUUUGUAAAUCUGGCAAGACUCAAUAUUGACAAAUACGCAGCCGAUCCACAAGUCAAUCGACAACUUUUUGAAUAUGUGUUCUAUUAUUUGAAUGAUAUAAGGGUGGCACAUCAGAUUGCUGGAACUGCGUCCAAAGCUGCAGGGUUUGAGGAUUAUUACUGGAAGAAUCAGCUUGCUAAAUGUUAUUUGAGACUGGGAAUGCUACAAGACGCUACCAAACAACUUCAGUCUUCACUGGAACAAAAGAAAUUGAUUGAAACCUUUGCUUUGCUAUCAAAAGCAUAUAAUCGAGUAGAUCAACCAAUGGCGGCACUGAAAACGUAUUCUGCCGGACUCGAAGUAUUUCCAGAGAACGUAACAAUGCUAACUGGAAUGGCUCGUGUUCAGGAAGCGCUGGGAGAGUACGACGAAUCAGUGAAGUUGUAUAAAAGAGUUCUUGACGCAGAAUCAAAUAAUAUUGAGGCAAUUGCAUGUGUUGCUACUACUUAUUAUUACGGGGGAAAACCUGAACUCGCUAUGCGUUACUACAGAAGAAUUCUGCAGAUGGGUGUUUCGUCGCCUGAACUUUUCUUGAAUAUUGGGCUGUGCUGCAUGGCAGCUCAACAGUUUGAUUUCGCGCUCUCGUCUAUACUCAGGGCCCAAUCCACCAUGACGGAUGACGUUGCGGCAGAUGUUUGGUAUAACAUAGGCCAAAUUUUAGUGGAUAUUGGUGAUCUAGUUUCUGCCGCAAGAUCAUUUCGGAUUGCUCUUUCUCAUGAUCCAGAUCAUAGUGAAUCUCUUGUCAAUCUUGGAAUUCUGAAACAUAGAGAGGGUAAAAUCGAUGAAGCCCGUUCCUUGUAUAGUUCUGCGACUUCAAAAAAUCCGUACAUGUUUGAGGGAAACUACAACCUGGGUCUCGUCUCAUUCACACAAGGAAAAUACCACGAAUGUCGAGAAUUAAUCGAAAAAGCGCUCGCAGCGUUCCCAGAGCAUGAGCAUUGCAAAAAAAUUCUGAACCAUUUGAAGCCACUCUACGAAUCAAUAUAAUUUGCGAAUAAUUUAACAGAUAUUUGAAAUGUACAUACCUUUGGUCUCUUUGUUGUCACUGUCAUUUGAUACUCUUACACAUGGCAUACGCCAAUUUUGGUUAGCAAAAAGACGUUCUUCUGAAUGAAAUUCUAUAUCUCCCA